CAAGUGGAAGGCAGAGGAAAUGUUUACUCUUUAGCUAUGUGUGAGACUUACCUGAAACGCCAGGCUGCCAGCUGGAAGUAUUUGUGGACUGUACCUUGGCUGCCGCACAGUGUAGCCCAUAUAUUGUGAAUUCCAAGGGACAGAGCAAAGGGACAAUAUUGAUAAUGAAAAUGGACAUGAAGGAUGCUGAUAUGACUCUAUGGACAGAAGCUGAAUUUGAAGACAAGUGUACCUACAUUGUAAAUGAUCAUCCGAUAGAACCCAGCUCUGCAGAAGGUUGCACCAUAACUCAGGCCGAAUCAUCUUUGCCAAGGAACUUGAUUUUCAAAUAUGCAGGAAAUUGCAAAGAGGUUAUUGGAGUUAUUAGCAAAGAUAUUAUCCCCAAAGGAACACGCUUUGGACCAUUGGUUGGUGAAAUCUAUACCAGUGACACCGUUCCUAAGGAUGCAAACAGAAAAUAUUUCUGGAGGAUCUAUUCUGGUGAUGAAUUUCUCCAUUUCAUUGAUGGAUUUAAUGAAGAAAAAAGCAACUGGAUGCGUUAUGUGAAUCCAGCCCACUCAGUUCAGGAACAGAACUUGGCUGCAUGUCAGAACGGCAUGAACAUCUACUUCUACACCAUCAAGCCUAUUCCUCCUGGCCAGGAAUUGCUUAUCUGGUAUUGUCAGGACUUUGCCGAUAGAUUGCAUUAUCCUUCCACUGGAGACCUGGUGAUGUUGAAUACCCAAAGCCACAAUAGGCCAAAGCAACAAACCUGUGACAAAGAUGAACUUUUUCAGAAAAAUCUUCCGAGAAGAGAACAUAGUGUGAAGGAAAUCCUAAAAACUGACUCCAAUCAUCCUAGAGGAAGGGAUUUGUGCUGUAGCCAUGUUAUUCCACAUACUCAAGAAAAAGACUUAGAGGUCUUAAGGAAAAAUUGUAGUCCUGAAAGGAGGCCUUUCUAUCCUCGAGCUGUCUAUCCCAUCAGACCUCACAUUCCAGAAGAUUACCUGAAGGUUUCCCUGGCUUAUGGGAUUGAUAGGCCUAGUUACCUUGCUCACUCACCUAUCCAGCCUUCUACUACCCCAAGUCCUUCAGCAAGAAGUAGCCCAGACCAAAGUUUAAAAAGUUCAAGCCCUCACAGCAGUCCAGGAGUUACAAUUUCACCCUUAGCUUCUGUGACUCAAGAGCACAGGGAGCCUUAUUCUUACUUGAAUGGACUGUAUAACACAGAAGGAUUAGGGUCAUAUUCUGGAUAUGCCCCCUCAAGCCAUCUUUCACAAACCUUUCCCUAUCCCAAAUUCCUAUUACCACCAUAUGGCAUGAGCAUCAACAAUUUCAAUCUCUUCCCAAGGAUGUAUCCUUUGUACAGCAGCUUCUUCAGCGGUGGAAACCUUUCCCCUCAUAUCCUGAACUCAUCUACCCUUCCAAGUUCCUUGCCAUCAGAUGGGAGCCGUCACUUCUUGCAGCCGGAUCAUCCAAGGGACCUUCUGAUUCCUGCACACAACAGUGCCUUCUCCAUCACAGGAGCUGCUGCCAGCAUGAAAGACAAGCCAUGUAGCCCCACAAGUGGGUCGCCCACUGCAGGCACUGCAGCCACUUCUGAACACAUCAUGCAAGCAAAACCUACCUCGGCAGUAUUAGCUGCCACUAGCAGUGAAGAAGCCAUAAAUCUCAUCAAGAACAAGAGGAAUAUGACUGGUUAUAAAACACUUCCCUAUCCCUUGAAAAAACAGAAUGGCAAAAUAAAGUAUGAAUGCAAUGUCUGCUCCAAAACCUUUGGCCAGCUCUCCAAUCUGAAGGUUCAUCUUCGAGUACAUAGUGGAGAAAGACCAUUCAAAUGUACUACUUGCAAUAAAGGAUUCACUCAGUUGGCUCACCUCCAGAAGCACUAUCUGGUACACACAGGAGAGAAGCCUCAUGAGUGUCAGGUCUGCCAUAAACGAUUCAGUAGCACAAGCAACCUGAAGACCCAUCUGCGGCUGCAUUCAGGAGAAAAACCUUAUCAGUGUAAGCUGUGCACUGCUAAAUUCACCCAGUUUGUGCACCUAAAGCUACACAAACGACUCCACACCAGAGAGCGCCCACACAAGUGUAUCCACUGUCAUAAAAGUUACAUCCACCUUUGUAGCCUCAAGGUCCACCUGAAGGGAAACUGCCCUGUAAUUCCUGCUCACAACCUUUCUACAGAGGACCUUAACCGGAUCAAUGAAGAGAUUGAGAAAUUUGACAUUAGUGACAAUGCGGACAGGUUGGAUGAAGUUGAGGACAGUGUUGAUGUAGCAUCGGUGGUAGGGAAAGAAAUACUCGCUGUGCUUAGAAGCGAGAUAGAAGGAGCCACGCUUAAAGCAUCAUUACAGAGAAACCUGGGGAACGGGCUGGUCUCCUCUGGGUGUAACCUUUACGAAGCCUCAGAUGUAUCGGUUGUGAAGUUGCCUCAUGCUCAUCCACUACCUCAGGUACCUAUCAAGGUCAAGCAAGAGACAGAUGAACCAAUGGACCCUUAAGUGCUGUGGGAUGUACGUGUGCAUUGUAUGAGAGAGUAUAUGUGUGUGGUUUAGUAUGUGUGGCAAAGGAGUGAUGUUUGUUUGUAUUUUAAUUUAUGACCUGGCAAGUCAGGGUGCCUGUAGCAAUUGCUUGUACAGUGUAUUGUAUCAACGCUGCAAAACAACCUCAGCUUACAGUAGCUUCUCCAGUUGAAAGAAGGAAUUUCUAUGUUGCAUUCUCAGGGCAUAAAAAGAGGCCAAGACUGUUCAUUGCCUCUCCUGCUUCCCAAAAAGACUGCCUAAUAUCCACAAUCUUUUUGUAAUAAUAGUACUCAUAAUUUAUUAUGCAAUUUACCAUUCAAAAAGCAAUAGCUAGGAUAUUUACAAUGACAAGAACAUUCAUUGUAAAUGGAAUAUGUGUGCUUUUCAUUUUUGUGUUUGUCCUGUGGCUGUUCUCCAUAGAGUUGAUUCCUGUACAUCUGUUUAAUAACUGCAAAAUAAUAGCAAAACCCAUGAUUGACUAGGCUGCAAGGGUGAAAAUGUUUUAACAUGCCUAUUUCAGACAUAAUUGUUUUGUUUUGCCAAAGGUAAAUCCUUAAUAGUCAUUUGGUUGUAAUAGUGCUGUAUAACUGAACAAAAUAGAUAAACAUAUAGAAUUGUUUAUAGAAAUAUAUAUACAGCAGAAGGAGAAACUGACAUGUCUAGAAUGAGUGAAAAGGUAAAAUAUUAGCCAGAAUGCAUCAAACACAGUCCUCACCUCAGAGCUCUUAGUUUUACCUCAUGGUUGUGAGCAGUACUCUUAGAAAAGAACAUUUUCUUUCUCUUGCAUAUUGUUUAUGUAAGUAGAAAACUUAGGAUACUCCAAAGAUUCUCUCUGCAAAGAGGGGUAUUGCAGAGGUGUUGGCUGGCUACACCCCAAAGCUCCCAUUGAGAUUCUGGGAGAAAUAGGACAACUUUCCCUAAUCCCUUCAUUCUCCAUCCCCUUUCUUGGAUAGAAAUUGGGUGGUAAACUCUUUUCUUGGCAUACCUAACUAGGUGGUUUUGUUUCUCCUCCCUGUAUCAUAUGAGUCAAGUUUUCUCUCAGUAUUUGUAUUAGCAUAUUUUGUGGUUAAUUUAAUGAAAAAAUAAAAGGGCAUUGCAAAGUUGCUGAACAACAGUUACCUCAUCCAGUGUGUCCAGUGAUGCAGAAAAUGCUGUCUGUCUUAAUGCUUUGCUAAUCUAGAAAACAAACCAAAAUGUAGAGAAGAUGGAAUGCACAUUCUAAAUCUUUUUGUUUUGCUGAACCCAAAGAUAACAUAUCAUGAUAUAGGGCAUAGCACAUAAUUGUAUUUAUAAUUACUUAAACGACUAUCCUCUGUGUGCACACAAGCACAUACUUUUGUGAGCCAAACCUUAUAAUAAAAUAUUGAUUUAAAUAGCUUGUUUCACUAUCACAAAGGGUAAAUUCUUAACAUCAAAGCCAUAAUACUAUAAAUCUUAUUCAUCAUGAGGCAUGUUUGUGUACAUUUUUAUUUGCUUCAAGAGAUUUAUCCACAUAGUACUUUUUAAAUUCUCCAAAGUAUUCUCUGAAGAAUAACUGGCUUACUCUUACAUCUCCUCAUAUUAUCAUUGCAAACGUCUGCCUUGGGAGAUGAAAAAAAUAAUAAUCUAAACAUGCUUGCUAAAGGUCAAACAGGUCCCAUUAUUACUCAUUUUUGAAUGCUAUAUGGAUCAAAACAUUAAGAAGAAUGAGUUGUUUAAAGUGUUCUGGAAGAUCUGUCCCUUUUCCUACGUCUUAAAAGGUGACCUGAUCACCAGUAAAAAGGGCAGUGUUACUUUUCUUGCAGUAUGUAUAUCUUUAUUUCUCAUAAUAAUCUUAAGGAAUUAGGCUGUUACAAAUAUGACAUUAUUCUAAUGCCUUCUUAUAUAAAGCACCAAACAUAUCCAUAAUCUACAGGUAGCCCAAGAAAAACUUUAUAUAUGCCUUUUGAAGGAAGAGUUGCAGUUCAUAACAUUUCUGUUCCCAUAAAUUGUGAUACAAAUAUAAUUCAAAUGUAGCAUUGUUUCCUAAACAUUAACUAUUGGAUAAACCAAAGUACCACUACUCCGAUCACUGGACACACACAUGCUUUUAUUAAUUGCCUAUAGUGCUUUCUUGUAUUUGAUACGAAUUUUACAAAGAUUUAUAUGCGUCAGCUUUAAAACUGCUUCUUUGUCUAAUUGUCUCCCCUGUUUAAAAACUUUGAAUGUAGCAACAAUCAGUGUUUCCCCUCCCUCCUAAGAAUAGGUUCUGACCAAAGUUAACAGGCUUUUUACUUUGCUACAACAAAAUAUCUUAUGUUUACGUACUGGUUUACAUUGUUA